UCUAAUUUGCGCACUUUCUUAUAUUACUACUAUCCUGCGCACACCUCUGCUUAACCUGCACCUUUAAUUAUCAGUUUUAAUGGCGCCAACAAGAAGGAAGAAACGUAUGAGAGAAGAAGAAGAUACUCAAUAUCAACACUCUAAAACUAAAAGAAAGCUUUUACUCGGAUCUAGAGUUGAGGUUAGAAGUCUUGAAGAAGGCUUUGCUGGUUCAUGGCAUUGUGGUACGGUCAUUGCAUGUAGUCAUCUCUGCCGUGUUGUUGAGUAUGAUCAUUAUUACGUAGAUGACCAGGGUUUAGAGAAGCUCAAAGAAAAGGUUCAUGUUUCCUCAUUACUUGAAGGAAUCUUAUUACCUGAAGGUCUUAAUUAUCGUGGUAUAAUUAGGCCAAUUCCUCCUCCUUGUAAACAUGAAACCAGCUGUCUAAAUUUUGGACUCUGUGUUGAUGCAUUCAUCGAUGAUGCAUGGUGGGAAGGUGUAAUUUUCAGUUACGAAGAUAAAUUAUUAGAAAGAUUAGUAUUCUUUCCUGAUUUUGCUGAUCAGCGGAUGAUAAAAAUUGACGAGUUAAGAGUAACUCAAGAUUGGGAUGAAAUCGGGGAAUGUUGGAUAGUAAGAGGAAAUUGGAAGUUCCUUGAAUUGAUUGAGGUAUUCCCAAAUGCUGUAGUUUCAGCUGCACAGAUCUGGCAUGACCUAAGACUAAAGGAAGGCUUCAAGAAUAAUAUUAAAGAGUGGACUUGUAAUUUAAAGUCAAUGUGGGUUGAUUUGGUUGUUGAAUCUGUUUCUCAGAAUUUGGAUAUAUCUGCUGAGCUUGCUUAUGAAGUUAUCUCUGAAAAAGUUGGUAUUUAUUCAGUUAAUGUCGAGGAGUGCUUGACGAAUGGUGUGCCUUUCGGUAAUGAAGAAGCUGUAACCACACAAAUACAAGAUUUGUCGGUUUUCCAUUCUAACAACUUGAACUUAUUAUCAAAAAAUGAUAUUAGUUCUAGAUUGAUUCGUGAAAUAGAUGAUGGUGCUCAGGAAGCAAGGGGAGUUGUUAUGUUUUCAGGUAAGGGUUUUUUCCAAUCUUGUUAUACUGCCGGUGAAGAAGAUGAUGUUCAAGGUGUUGGAGCUGCUGUUGAAUGUCCUGUAAAAGGUUCCUCGAGUGAUGAUGAAGACCCGACUUACAAUGACCCAAGCCUUGGAUGCCCCAGAGGUAUGGGGUUAAGUCAGAAAAGAAUACAUGCACCUACAGAUUCAGGAUCAACAGGGAAAUGGAUGUGCUUACCUCUGGGCACAAAUGAACUUCCUGAAGCUAAAUACUUCCCUGAAGCAUUAGAAAAAUAUUUAGUGACAGACAAUGAUGUAUGCAAUCAUGAUUUACAAUUAAAAGCUAGGAUGCAUCUUUCUUAUAUGGGUUGGAGAAUUGAGUGCAGAAGUAGAAGGUAUAUGUGUUCAAGUAGUAGGACUGAUUUUCGCUAUAUAUCACCAAGGGGUGGCACACCCUUGUAUUCUCUUCGCGGUGCAUGUCUGCAGGCUAUGGAAUUUACCCGUCAUUGGCGGGUUCCUUUAUCAAAGAUCUGCAGAAACGAUCAAGGUUGUGCUUCUCCUCCUCCUUUUUGUCUGAAACCUGAUUCACUUUAUUCAAACACUUAUGGAAGUCAUAGAACACCUUUUAUUCGUUUCAAAUCGGAUGUUCAUGUUGAACCCGAAUAUUGCCCUCAAGCUGUGUGCGAUUAUCUGAAUGGAUAUCAGAGUAAAGGAUGGCGCUGGAAACAUGAUAAAAAUGUAAAGGACUUGCGUGAAAAGGUAAAGAAGCACCUCUCAGCUGAAGGUUGGACUUUCUCUCUCCAUUUUCUGAAGGAUAACCGGAGAGAUCUUCGUUAUACUAGUCCAAGUAAUUCUGCAUCAUUUAAAUCUCUUGUGACUGCUUGCAUAGGAUAUGUUAAAGAGGUAUGUGAGUGUAUGAGCCCAUCUAGUCAUGAUAAAUUCCUUUCUAAUACUAUGCACCCUGAGGUCUUAGGCAAUAUAUUGGCUCAGAAUGGGCUGCUCUCUAAGUGUUAUACUGAGCCAUCUGGCUCAUCACAACAGUCAAAAGACAAUCCAGAAGUUGGUAUUAUGCAGGAAAAGAGAUGUAGGGAUGAGCAACGGAAGGGACAAAGAAACAGUUAUCCCCAUCUUGAUAAAGAAAAUAUGGUGAAUGCGAAGGUGUCUGAACUUCAAUCGGACGACAAGUAUAAUAAUACCCAUGUUCCACGUUCAAUCAAAAGGGCACGACAGGUUGUGGUACCGAGUUCUGGACAUUGCAGCCCUCAAACUAUUCUCUAUUGGUUGAUCAAAAAUGAUGUGGUUUUGCCAAGGGCAAAAGUACGUUACUUAAGUGUAAGAGAUGAUUCUGCAAUUGGACUAGGAAAGAUAAACCGCAAUGGAAUCAAGUGCAAUUGCUGCCAAAAUGUUUUCGGUCUGUAUAAGUUUGGACUUCAUGUUGGUAGCUGUUAUACCCCGCCAUCAGCCAGGAUUUACUUGGAAGACGGAAGAUCGUUGUUAGAUUGCCAGAAGCAGCUGCAGGAAAAAUGCUCAAAUAUAUAUGCUCAAAAAAGAGAUCUGGUGCUCAAAAUGAACGAUUAUAUAUGCUCAAUUUGUCACCAUGGAGGUACAUUGUUGCUGUGUGAUCAGUGCCCAUCCUCAUUUCACUUGAACUGCCUUGGGGUAGAGGAUGUGCCAGACGGCAAAUGGUUCUGCCCAUCUUGUCAAUGUAGAAUAUGUGGCCAACAGAGCAAGCUUGGCAGUGAUUCUGAAGAACAUCUCGCUGAAGAGAAAGUUCUAUGCUGUGACCAGUGCAAUCAUGAAUAUCACAUAAGGUGCAUUAGAAAAAGAGGAUUGAGUAAGCUGGACCAUAACAACCUGAUCAUUGAUUGGUUUUGCAGUAUGAGAUGUGAAGAGAUAUUUGCAAGUCUCCACAAACUUUUGGGCGAAUCUGUUCCAGUUGGCAAGGAUAAUUUAUCAUGGACGAUAUUGAAAUCCGCAAGAGAUGCUUCUCAACCUUUUGCUACGUCUGAAAAUGAGGCUGCGAUGGAGUUUCAGAGCAAGCUCAACGUAGCGCUCGCUGUAAUGCAUGAAUGUUUCGAGCCCAUUAAAUAUAUGAGUAGAAAUCUUAUUGAAGAUGUCCUUUUUAACAAAACGUCAGAGCUGAACCGAUUGAAUUUUUGGGGAUUUUACACUGUGCUUUUGGAGCGAGACGAUGAGCUCAUCUCUGUCGCAGCAGUCAGGAUACACGACGAAAAGCUUGCAGAAGUACCACUUGUUUGUACGCGUGUCCAGUAUCGUAGGCAAGGGAUGUGCCGCAUUCUAUUUGAUAUUCUUGAAAAGAAGCUCAGACAAUUAGGAGUGGAGAGAGUGAUUUUACCUGCUAUACCUCAAGUUCUAGGCACAUGGACUACUUCCUUUGGUUUCUCUAAGAUGACAAAUUCUGAGAGAUUAGAGUUUCUCCACUACACUUUCCUGGAUUUCCAGGACACCAGAAUGUGCCAGAAAAUUCUAAGGAUGUCGUCACCUACAUCUGCAAAACCAACAGCAGAAGCACCAAAAGAACUAGCGAGAGAAUCAAAUGCAAACGUGCAACAGUUUGCUAGUACAUGUACUCCUGUGGAUGCUGUUGCUACUACAGAAGAAUCAGAACAACCAAGACCACAAUGUGCGAGACUAAUAGCAGAACCAAGAGGGAACCGACCCAAACUUAUAUUAAAGAUUAAACGAAGGAAAGAGAAUGAUGUAGAGUCUAUCAGCGGCGCAAAAAAUGUUGUUCCUGAUUUAGCCGUGGCUGCUCGUCCUCUCGAUGUGAAGAAGCCACUGCAAGACGAGUCUGACCGAAAUUGGCAAAUCUGUGAGCCAUGCAUUGCUAAGAGCUUGUCGAAUGGUAAACCACGUGAUUAUCAGUGCACACAGGAAACAACACUACAAGUUGAUUCUGAGCAAAAUCCGAAAAAUACAGAAUUGGGUGAUUCUGAGAAUUCUGCAUUGGCAGUUUGCAAUGAAAACCAGCAGGAAAAGAGGGGGUCCUGUGUCAAGUUCUACACACGAAGAAAGGUAUUAGAAGCUUAUGUAAAUACUCUUCCUGCAUUGGCAGUUUACAACGAAACCCAGCAGGAAAAGAGGGGGUCCUGUGUCAAAUUCUACACACGAAGAAAGGUAUUAGGAGCGCUUGUAAAUGCUCUUCCUGCUGCAGAGAAAUCAGAGCAAUCGCCGCAUAUUGAAGAAGAUUAGUACGUAAAGUUACUGUUGCGCAGGUUUCUAAAAGAUCUUAAUGUGUACUCUGAAACUUAAUGCGGAUUUUUUGUGAACCCUGAUCCAUCAAAGUUGGGAAAUACUGGUAAUUUAGUUUCUCCCAGUGAUCCAUCAUUUUGUUCUAGUGUUUUCCAUCUCCAUCAUUUACUUGUAAGGCCUGAGCUUUUGGCAAGGGUUUGACAAGAACCUUGCUUUUUUCUGAAUGAUGCUAGCUCAGUGUAUGAUUUUUGCUUUUGAUGUUUUGGAAGAUUAAAAAUGUUUGUUUGUCA